AUGGAUUUACAAGCACAAGAUUUUAAUAUAAAUUCUCGUUUAAACCAGCUUAAUCCAAACAGUUUUUUGCAAAGUGUUGACAAAAACUCGAUAGAGACUCAACAGAAGGUGCAAGGAGACAAAGUUUGUAAAGUAUUGAAGACUUUAGAACAAUCAAAAUUCUUGACCGAUUAUCUAUCACAAAUAAACGUGGUAGAUCAUAACACAGCUCAUGAUGGAACAGAAAUACCGUGUUGUAUAGCUUUUUCAACGCGGAAAGUUGAGACAAGAUUUAUGAAUCGAGAUUUAAUAUCACGCUCAGUUGAAAUCGAUAAGUUGAUGGCCAAAAUCGACAAUAUCGAGCAUGUGUUAAGACAAAAUAUAAUUACUAUAAAAGAAGAAAUGUCUACAAUCGGUUCAUCACUCACGAAAGAAGUACAAAAUUCACGCGGAGGGAAUCACAUAGACAUAUUUAGGGAAGAAAUAAGCAAACAGAUAAGCGAUUUGUAUCCUAAAAUAAUUCAAGACAUCAAAUUGAAGCAAGAAGAAAGCACAAAGUCAUUAGAACAAUCGCUUUCAGCACAAGUUGAAGAAUUAAAGAGAGAGCUCACCAUUCAUCAACAAAUGCUUGAACAUGUUCUUGAAAAUCAAAAAAUAGCCAAUUGUCAACAAUGUUUAAGCGCGCCAACUGGUGGUACAAGAAUGACGAAAAAUUACAAUACAUUUGUAAAGCAAGAAGAAAUAGAAUAUUCCACGGUUAAAUCACCAACACAGCAAACAUUAGAAAGCAAAUUACACGUGAAAGAAGCCAAUGAAAUAGCAAAUGAAAUAGGGGAGCGAGGAUUUACGUUCCAAGGACCGAGCUUUGACAGGAGAGAAAUCAAGAUGCAAAGCAGAAGCACACCAUCAGUUCAUACACUUAAAAAACAAAAUAAUUCCAAAGAAGCACAUCUUUCCAUAACAAAUUCCGAACAAUCAUCACAAAGCGAUUCAGCAAAUUAUCUCCCGAUUACGAAAUUGAGCGGUACAUCCAAGCAAGAAAUUAAAGAAGCAUUAGGUAAUCGAAGUAACAAGCAAUUAAAACGAUAA